UUCAAGACCCUGAACGGUCUCAAGUCCCCGAAGUGGCUCGAGCUCGCGCUGUUGACGCUUAUUCAAUCGGGGCAUUGUAAUCUAUCGAGGUGAAUGUGCUUCGUUUCAAUUCAAACGGCGACUCCCGUCCUUGGGGCAACUGUCAAACGACGUUAAAUCUUAAAAUGCCGUCAACCGCAGACUGGGGACGGGAAAGUUCAAUGGAUGUUAGUGACAGCGAGGAUGAUUUUCCCCAAGUAGAAGAGCGUCGGAUCCUCGACCCGGUUCAUGACUACGUUGUGUUCGAGCCAAGGGUUGCUGCAAUUAUUGACACACCUCAAUUUCAGCGUCUGAGGUACUUGAAACAGCUGGGGACUGGGUACUUCGUAUUUCCUGGGGCUUCACACAAUCGAUUUGAACACUGUCUUGGUAAAUUAUCAUCUGCCGCAAAAGGUCAUCUCUCGAUAGUUUUCGCCUUCACAGGAGUAUCGCAUCUUGCUAGAUUAAUGGUAGAGAACCUUAGGAGAAGACAACCCAAACUGAAUGUUGACGACCGAGACGUGUUGUGCGUCCAAAUUGCAGGACUUGUGCACGACUUGGGACAUGGUCCCUUCAGCCAUGUUUUCGAUGGUCAUUUUAUUCCGGCCGUCGCACCGGGAACAACAUGGUGUCAUGAAGAGGCUUCUGAAUUGAUGUUUGACUCCCUGCUGAAAGAGAAUCCGCACAUUCAACUAGAAACGGAUUGGGUUGAAUUCAUAAAAGAUCUCGUUCGUGGGAUACUCAAUCUGAGCAAACAUCAUGAACCUCCGGAGAAGGGUUUCCUAUUCGAGAUUGUUGCAAACAUGCAAAACGGUAUCGACGUCGACAAAUUUGAUUACAUUCGCCGGGAUGCUAUCAAUUGCGGGGAGCAAUCGCGUCUGGCAACUUCGCGAUUGAUCAAUUCUUGUAGGGUCAUUAAUGGUCACAUUUGUUAUGACUAUAAGGACCACUACAACGUGUGGACGUUGUUUGAUUCACGAUAUUCGCUUCAUAAACGGAUAUACAACCACAAGACAUCAAAGGCGAUUGAAUAUAUGGUCGUCGACGCUUUAAUUGCUGCUGAGCCAGUAUUGAAGAUUGCAGAAAGGAGAUACGACCCCAAAAAGUAUCUGUAUCUCACUGAUUCUGUGUUGGAUGAGAUUGAACGUUCGACGGAUCCGGCUCUUGCAGGAUCCCGAGCGAUACUCGCCCGUCUCCGACGUAGAGAUCUCUAUAAACUCGUCGAGUCCAAAGUGCUCCCUGGGAUGUUCAGGGAUUUGUGGAAGCCACACGUAACACCUGAGUCUGUUGCGCGCGAAGCCGCUCGAUUUGAAACUGACAGGGGGCACGAAUCCGAAAGUCUAGUUCUUAACGCCUCCGAUAUUAUUGUUGAUUGGGCAACGCUUCAUUGUGGCAUGAAGGACAAGGAUCCUAUGCAGCUGGUGCGGUUUUACAGUAAACAGUCUAGGAACAGGUCUUUCGUCGUCAGGGUAGAUGAAGGGUCAUUCCUCCUUCCCAAUCGAUGGGAAGAACUGCAGUUGAGAGUCUACACUCGGGAUCCCAAGAAGCAAAUCCUUGCCCAAACGGCCUUUCGAGCUCUUUUAAGCAAGCUUCCGGACGAGACCGGCAGUUCCUUGAAGGAGAUCACGCUAGAAAACCCUUUCCUUUAUCGCAGGCUACGACCGAUCGUUCAUCUGUGCCUGUCACGCCGCAAGUCCGCACCAAUCAUUACCCUGUGUCAUCCCCUUUGGCUCGCAACCAGGGUCCGACUAUAACGGGUCCCCGGGAACAGUAUUGAACUAUUCCAGCGCUCGAGAACCCAACCAGUUUAUGACAAUUAAGGUACCAAAUUCACGCAACACCCCAGACGGGAGCGU